AUGUUUGUUAUAUUAUCUUACGGAAUGACCGUCACCCAAGCCAACCAAUUGGCAUCAGGUAAUGGCCCGAUCUCGCAAGACUCAAAUAUGACCCCAGUUAAUCCGUCCGCUGAUCCUGGCUCGUUUUGGUCGGAGCAGAUUAAAGCCCAUUGUCUGGACUCGAAUGGUACAAUGCAUGGACUAUUCUCAACCUGGACAGAAUAUCCCGAUUGUCAUUGUACAUGUUACCCAAAUGCCCGUUUGGCUGUUAGUGUGUGUGACGGUUGUGUAGUUGGAGGAUCCCGUGCCGGCCAGAUCAAGACGGACGAACGCAAGCCAAUUGCACGUUCCGGUGAUCGAGUGGGACGGGGUCAGCUGGUCAUCAAAUCGGACGUGGACCGAUCAGUAGGACCACGAAUUGCAGAAAAUGUUCCCGAUGAAGCACAAGAAGAUGAAAUGGAAGAUAAUGCCCAAGAUGCUAGUAGAAAAACUCCAUUAAAACACCGUGGUAAGUGA